AGCUGAUUAAAAAUUCCUGCGCGCAUAGCCGGAAAUCGCACCCUCCUCUCUCUUUUUUCUUUGCACUUUUUAGUUUAAUUUUCAGAUCCCUAUUUCAGCAGGACGUCGAUUGCUGGAGAAGGUCUGGUUUGCGUGUUUCUCCAGGCGCUUUAAAACCGGAUCAUUUCGGUGUUAUUUUGUAUUGAAAUGAGGAGAAAGAGGAGAGGCAGUAGAAACAGCAGCGACAGGAGGAGUGAUGAGUCAAUACAACUAAUAUAAUUUAAUGGGGACACAGAGAGAGGGAGAGAAAGAGAAUGAGAAGCUCCGUCCGGGCACAAAAAACAUCAUAAUACAGGGAUUUGUCAUUCAUCUCGAACACUAUUCCACCGCUUUUUUUUUUCGAUUGCAAACUAAAACGCACUUUACCUGUUUGUGUAUUGUAAACCGUGCAUCGUCUUAGAAGAAGAACAAGAAGAUAUAUCUCUUUUUUUGGCUUUAUAUUUCUGGACAGAGAAGGCAAAACUAACAUACUCUUUGAAACCUUUAAUUUAAUAUCGAUCCGAUUAAUUGCAAACAAAAGAAAUCAUAAUUAGAUGUCGUAUUUACUUAAUGUCGAUCGUUACCUAUUCAGUACGCACUGGAUAUCAUCUUGUUGGAUAGUGUCAACUCCAGAGCGCUCCUCUAUCACUUGUAACGUAAUUUUACUUUUGCAGUCAGUUGUUAAUUUUUUCAUUUUAUUUUACUUGUUUUAAUGUGCUGCAAAAUAGCGUCUCUGUCAGUUACGGCUUUGCCGUAUCCACACCUGGAAUGUCAGUUUUUGCAUUUCAACCGAGUUCAUAUAGGUAGCCUAUUUUGCCUUUCGUCUUUGGACAGUUGCCUUUUUUGCCCUUCGAGAUAGUGAAUAUUCCCCGUGUAAAGAAUCCGUGAUGUACGCUGCUAUACAGACCUAGAAAGCAUCGAGCCUUCAAGUUUUCCGUUCUUUCAAACAACCCAAGGAAAGGAAAAGCUCUGUUUGCACAGUGUUUAUGCUUUCAAGUUUUGCAGUGGUGAUUUUAGAAGCUGGUGCUGAGGAUGGAUCACCUCAGCGAUUCUGGCCAUGGGAAGGAUAACUGUGAAAUGCUUAACAACAUUGGUGACCCCAAGGGGCCUCCCGCCAAGAUAGCACGCUUGGAGCAGAAUGGAAGCCCGCUAGGAGUAGGGAGAUUGGGCAGCACUGGUGCCAAGCUCCCUGGAGUGUGUCUCAAGCCUGCCGGACACCUUAUGAAAACAUGGCAUAAGAGAGGAAACAUGCUUCCAGUGUUUUGCGUGGUUGAGCAUUACGAAAGCCCUAUUGAAUUUGAUAGCAAAGAAGAACAUGCAGAGUUUGUGCUUGUGAGAAAGGACAUGCUUUUCAACCAGCUAAUUGAAAUGGCUUUGCUUUCUCUCGGAUAUUCCCACAGUUCUGCAGCACAGGCAAAAGGCCUAAUCCAGGUUGGCAAAUGGAAUCCAGUCCCACUCUCCUAUGUGACAGAUGCACCGGACGCCACAGUGGCAGACAUGCUGCAGGAUGUGUAUCAUGUGGUCACACUGAAAAUUCAGUUACACAGUUGCCCUAAACUGGAAGACUUGCCUCCUGAACAGUGGACACAUUCCACAGUAAGAAAUGCCCUCAAGGAGUUACUGAAAGACAUGAACCAGAGCUCAUUGGCUAAAGAAUGUCCCUUGUCACAGAGUAUGAUUUCUUCCAUUGUGAACAGCACUUACUAUGCAAAUGUCUCAGCAGCAAAAUGUCAGGAAUUCGGGAGAUGGUAUAAACAUUUCAAGAAGACAAAAGAUAUGAUGGUAACGUGCCAGCCCUCCCAGUUGGAGGGAUACCUGGAGACAUGCAUUCUCCAAGACAGCCCGAGAGCCACUGCAAUAGCUGAAAUGGAAAGCCUUUCAGAUCUUUCUCCACCCGGCGCUAACCAUGUGAAUUUCAGCCAGCAGCCAAUCCCAGGGAGCACGGCUGAGCAGCCUCCUUCCCCAGCCCAGCUUUCUCAUGGCGGGCAGCCCCCAGUGCGGGCCCAGCUACCCAGCCUGCACCCCGGACUUGUAUCCACACCGAUUAGCCCACAGCUGGUCAACCAACAGCUUGUCAUGGCCCAGCUUCUAAACCAGCAGUAUGCAGUGAACAGACUCUUGGCGCAGCAGUCCCUCAGCCAGCAGUACCUAAACCACCCUCCCGUGAUCCGCUCCAUGAACAAACCACUAGAACAGCAGGUCUCCUCCAACAGCGAGGUGUCUUCCGAAGUCUACCAGUGGGUUCGUGAUGAGCUCAAGCGGGCAGGGAUCUCCCAGGCAGUGUUUGCACGUGUGGCUUUUAACAGAACUCAGGGCUUGCUCUCAGAAAUCCUCCGAAAGGAAGAGGACCCCAAGACUGCCUCUCAGUCUCUGCUGGUCAACCUGAGGGCAAUGCAGAACUUCCUGCAGCUGCCAGAGGCAGAACGGGACCGCAUCUACCAGGAUGAGAGGGAGAGGAGCCUGACUGCCGCCUCAGCCAUGGGACCUGCUCCUCUUAUAAGCACUCCUCCCAAUCGCCCCGUACAGCCAAGAAGAGAGGAGUGCAAUAAUACAAGGCCCGAAGAUUGGAAUUCUAGGAUCCAGGUGAUACCAUCUCCGAUCUCCACAGAAAGGAAUGGCAAAACAGACAGCUGUGUCUUGAAUAUUAAUUCCUCCAUUUACGACGAGAUACAACAAGAAAUGAAGAGGGCUAAAGUGUCCCAAGCCUUGUUUGCUAAGGUUGCAGCUUCUAAGAGCCAGAAAAAAACUGACCCCAGACGAUACGACCGGUGGUUCUUAGGUUUCCAAAAUCUUCAGCAGAGAAACGGUUGGUUGUGUGAGCUCUUGCGCUGGAAGGAGGACCCAUCUCCUGAGAACAGAACUCUCUGGGAGAACCUCUCCAUGAUCCGCCGGUUCCUGAGUCUUCCCCAGUCCGAGCGAGAUGCCAUUUACGAGCAGGAGAGCAAUGGGAGCCAACACCAUGUCGACAGGCCACCCCUCAUGAUGCAUGUUCCUACAGACCCAGUUCAGCAGUCACAACAGCAGCAUUCACAUCCACAGCAGCAGCAACACCAGCAGCAGCAGCAGCAGCACCACCAACACCAACAGGCAGGUCCCAGACUACCCCCAAGACAGCCUUCCACAGCAUCACCAGCAGAGUCCGAAGAUGACGGCCGGCAAAAAUCGAGACCCCGAACCAAGAUCUCCAUGGAAGCCCUGGGAAUCCUGCAGAGCUUUAUCCAAGACGUAGGUCUGUAUCCAGAUGAAGAAGCCAUCCAGACACUGUCUGCACAACUGGACCUGCCCAAGCACACCAUCAUCAAGUUCUUUCAAAACCAGCGCUUCUAUCUGAAUCACCACGGGAAGCUGAAGGACAAUUCGGUUUUCGAGGUGGAUGUGGCAGAAUAUAAAGAAGAUGAGCUGCUCAAAGACUUGAAGGAAAGCACCCAAACUAAAAGUACAAUCUUUUCCAUUAAAAUAGAGGAGCACUUGUCUGGAGAAGUGAAUUCGGAGUCUGAUGCUGAAUCUAAAGACUAAUUAAUAUUAUAAUGAAUAAUAAUGAUAAUAAUAAUAAUAAUAAUAAUAAUAAUAAUAAUAAUAAUCCUUUCAUCUUAAAAUUUUUACAGUGCCACUAAAAAUACUAUUUAAAUAGACUUGCUGUUUUUUUUUGUUUUUUUUUCUUUUCCUGUGUUUUUGGUAAACUCGUAUUAGUCACUGUAAAGACUGAUGCAUCUUUAUAAAAACUUGCACAACGUUGAUUAAACCUGUACCCCGUGGAUUUUGCAGACUGCACUUAAUGUCCUUUGUUUAUACACUGAUAUGCAGCUACUGAUGAAGUUAUUGGAAUUGAUAGACAAUGUUUACUUGGUGUUCACUGGAUUUUACUGCAGAUUAAUUUAUAGGAACCAUAUUAAUGACAAGGCCUUGGGUACUGAUUCUGAAGCCUGCUGGCAAGCAUUAAGCUGUUCUUAUACUCUGGAAACUGACACAGCGAAUUAGAAUAGAAGAGUAUGUCAUACUCUUUAGCAUAUUUGUUAGAGAAAUAUAUAUAUAUAUAUAUAUAUAUAUAUAUAUAUAUAUAAACUGUAGAAGAUACCGUUUGAAAGAAACUAUGCCAACAAAUGCCUUGUAUUAUAUGGCACUGCCAAUAUUCAAUUAUUUUGCAAAAACGUUGCCGCUGACUUUCUGAAUCUCAUCUUUACACAGUUUUUAAAAUGUGAAACACAGCUUUUUUUUUGUAUAUGUCUCGUCCUAACAUUAUUUAUUUGCAGAACCUGCAGCAUCCUGAUGUAAUUAAUUUCUUGAAAGUUUCUGUUACGUAAUAUUGCCAUUUUAUUUUUUAAUUGUACCAAUUUUAUAUAUUUUUUUUUUCUAUUUAUAAAUGUAUUUUGAUGGGCAGUAAAACAAAGUGUCUUAAAUGGAAAAUAAUGUGCUUUAAAGGUUGCCUAUAAAAGUGCUAUAUGUUAAGCAACUCCUGCUAAAAGCUUCACAAUUAAUGUUGUAUGCAAUUUUUACUCAUGCAAAUAAGCUUAGGUAAAUGACUAACUGAUAGAACACCUUAGAAAAACAUAUGCAAUUUAUGUGAAAUUUGAUGUUUGCAAUGUGUCUUCCUUUUGAUUUACAAUCAAAUUUUAAGCUAUUCCUGUAUAAAUAUUCUGUAUAAAAAGUGUAUUUCUUUUUUUAUGAGUUUCUUGCAACAAGAACACUGGUUAUUUUGUUAAAACUGGCUGUUUUAUAAAUGUAUCUCAGUUUCUUUAUGCAGAAAUGUUCUAAUUAGGAGUGGUUAUUGAUUGUUAAAUGACACAAUUAAAACUCUGUUUGUAUGGUACAAUAAUGGUUGUCUGCUUGACUACAA